ACUUCACGAACAAACGGAAGAAGAAAAAAAAAUCUCGGAGAGCGACCAAAUCAAUCGGAAGAAGAAGAUAUGACAGAGAAAAAGGAAACUGUGCCACCGGAGUACGAUGUGAAUGCUAAGUGGGACGCAUGUAUCGAUCUCACCGUCCGCCGCUUCGUUUACUCUUCCCUCGGCGGCGCAUUCGCCGGUCUUCUUCUCUUCAGGAGUCCUGUGACAAGAUGGGCAUCGAUAGCUUUGGGUGCUGGAAUCGGUAUUGGCUCUGCUUACACUGAUUGCUCUCGUUCUUUCGACGCACCUUCUUCGCCUUCAGCCAAUUUCGCAGCUCCCUAGAGUACUACUACUACUGAGACUUCUGUAUCUCAGGCUGCGGACGAGUAGACAAAUAAAUGACUAUAAAAGCGGAAGUUAGUAAACGCAUGCAAAGAUCUGGGUAUCUUGAAACAGAGAGCUUUUGAAUCACGCAAUGAUUGUUAAAUUGUUUCCUUAAACCUGCAAGGACAAGUGAUUUAAAUGAUUUCACAUGUAAACACCUUCCUUUUUAAAAAAAUUGUUCUAUCUCUCACUCACAGUGGUUUUGAACAACUAAAUUCAAGAUGUUACAUCAAAAAGGUUGGUUUACUCUGAUUUGGGCGUCCUUCGUUUCUUUUUCUGUUAUUCACAAGCCAAACGUUGUCGUUCUCUUCCGCGUUGAAAAUUUGCAAAACCGGAAAUAACCGGUCGGUCCUACAUGCGAAGAAGUUGCUAACUAAAAAAAGAGCGAACCAAUCCGAGUUCCGAUGGACCGCCAUAGUCACCGACUAAACAAAAAGCCUGCGAGCACGUAAUCAUUGACGACGACGAAGAGGAGAAGAAGAAGAAGAAGAAGAAGAAGAAGAAACUCAAAAGAGUCAGAGAUGAAUAGUCCACCGGAGAACGAUCUUUGUUCGAUAUGUCAUUCCCACUUCACCGCUCCUUGUCAAGCCAAUUGCUCCCAUUGGUUCUGCGGAGAUUGCAUUAUGCUGGUGUGGACGCAUGGAUCUACAUUACUGCCAUGUAAAUGCCCCUUGUGUCGUCGUCCAAUUAGUUUACUGGUUCCUUCAGAGGACACAAUCAGAGACCGUUCAGUUGCGGAGGUUCUUGGUAAGCUUGAAACGUACAACCGACUCUUUGGCGGGCAUUCAAGUAGUUUACUUCAGAGGAUGCAAGACCUUCCCUUCUUACUACGAAGGUUGUUGCGAGAAAUGAUGGAUCCACAAAGAACGCUUCCACUUGUGAUUCGGGCUCGGGUUUAUAUCGCAAUGUUUCUCAGUGCUAUUUACAUAAUCAGUCCAAUAGAUAUCAUUCCAGAAGGAGUUUUGGGGAUAGUCGGUUUGCUUGAUGAUCUACUCAUAGCCCUGAUUUGUUUCCUCCAUGUUGCUGCCCUGUACCGCUCGGUUCUCUACUUCCGUCAUGCCGGUUCGUAAAUCAAAGAAUGUUUUCGUUUUGUGUCACACUUAAGAGAUGUGCUUACCUUUUCUUGUGUGUUUAUCCCUUCUCUUUACAAAUACACAAUUGUUCUGUUUGGCUAAGGAAAACUGAAAUGUGUGAUGGUAGGAUCACAGCACAAAAAAAGGUUUGAACCAUAUAUCAAUCAUCUUCCUACCGCU